AAAAGUUACUCUUCAGGAAAAUAAAACAACGUAUCCACAAUGUCCAUUGCAGAGUCAGAAGUUGUUAGACUUGCAAAGAAACAGGAAUGUAGCACCCAUAGGAAAAGCAUUCAGUUGCUAGAAGACCAGGAGAUGGCUCAGGUAUUAGAUUUAAAAGGCAAAGAUGUGUCAGCAGUUAUGCUGAUGAAGUUUAAAGGCUUGAUGGAAAGCCUGGAGUUAAUGGUUGAAGAGAUAAGGGAAUCCUUUAAAAAUGACCUAAGGGAAAUUUUAGGAGUAGAAAGUAAAAUACCUGAAGUGAAAAAUAAAAACAACUCCAGUACCAAAAAAGAGUGGCAACAAAUAAAAGGCUCAACCACACAAAAACCAUGUUCGGUAGAGAAAAUAGAAGGAGCAAACUCUGACAUAGUUGAAGAUACUGAAAAUGUGGCUUCUAAAAGAAAAGAAAUAAGUGAACUGAGUAGCAAAUUAGACAAACCUGAGGACUACAGUGUGGACCAAGGCAAGGAAUUGUCCCAUGAUGAAUCACAAAAUGACAAAGUCCUGGAAAGUGUGGAGGAAGCCAUAGGCAAUGUAGACAACACUUGUGAAGAUUGUAGCAUCCUUAUAGAAGUAACACAAGAGAACCAAGAGAUUGGAGAAGAUGAACAGGUCAAAGAAAAAAGAGAGGAAAAAAUCCCUCAGAAUUUAGAGAAUAAAGAGAAAACUCUAAAAGCCUCCAGAGAAGAUGAAGGAGCAGUACUUAGGUUGGCAGCAGACUUUUCAUCAGCAACACUGGACGUUAGUAAGCAAUGGAGUAAUGUCUUCAACAUUCUGAGGGAAAAUGAUUUUGAACCUAAAGUUCUAUGCCAAGUUAAGUUAACAUUUAAGUGUGAUGGUGAAGUAAGGACCUUUUCAGAUAUGCAAAGUCUCAGCAAUUUUACUAGCCAGAAACCAUUUAUGAACAAAUUACUGAAAGAUGUACUCCCACAAAAUGAAAAAAUAAAGAAAGGAAGAAGUUACGGAAUUCAAGAAAAAGUGGAAAAAACUCGAUUAGAUUCAAAGGAUGGAGCUGAGGGGGAAGUCAGUGAUGGCUUGAGCUUUCUCUUUGUUAAAGAAGUAAAGGUUGCUGAGCCAGAGGAGGUGAAGAAUUUAGAGAUGCCAGAAGACUCUUCAGAGCUGGAAGAGGAGGGAGAAGAGGCUUCAGAGUUGGAUGAGGAAGAAGAGGCUUCGGGCCUGGAGGAAGAGGAAGAAGAGACUUCAGGGCUAGAGGAGGAGGAAGACACUUCUGAGCUGGAAGAAGAGGUGAGAAAUGAGGCUUUGGGGCUGGAGGAGGAAGGAGAAGAGGAGGCUUCAGUAUCCUAUAAGAAACCGGAUUCAACAUUUCAGUGUCAUUCUGUGGUAAAUACAAAAUAUGGAGUUGAGGAAAAAAACAGUAAUGACUUGGAGAUUGUUUUAAUUGAAGAGGUAGAAGAUUCUGAGGCAGAGGAGGAAGAAGGUUCAGAGUGGGAAAUGGAAGUAGUCUUAUCUUGGGAGGAAGGAGAGGACUCUGAAGUAGAAAAUAUAAAGACUGCCUCCCAAAUUGAGAAAAAAGAGGCCUCAGAUGGACUUAAAGAAAUUGCCUGUGAUUAUUUGGCUCGGGACUUUGAGAAGAAAAAAUUGGUGAAAUACCAGAUGGUACAAAAAGCCCAGAAUAAAGAGGAAACAGCUAUGCCCAGAAACCAAGGAAUUGGGACAGUCUGUCGUACCUUGCGUUUGGCCUCUCCCUCAACAUCACUAGAGUUAAGUCCUGAUAAGCAGAAAAGGCAUUUAAGUACAAAUUUGAGUACUCCAUCAGGAAUCACCAAAUUUUUAAGGAAAACUGAGAAAGAGCCACACAAAACCUUACAAACAGAUGCACAAACGUCUAAAGAAACAGACUUAAUACAAGAAACAGAAGAAAACUUUAGAAGAAAUGUAAAUACCAACUUUAGAGAGCUACAGGAGGAGGUUACCAAUAUUAAAAAUUCUCUUCCAGAGGUCUUAGAAAGAAGUUCUAUAGAUGUUCUGAAUAGCAGAAUAAAUAUACUUGAGGAGAGAAUGGACAGCCUAGAAGAUCGUAUUGAAGAAUUCUCUAAGGAUACAAUGCAAAUGGCCAAACAGAUAAUAAAUAAAGAAAGGUCAAGAGACAUAGAGGAUAGAUCGAGAAGUUCCAACAUCCGUUUGAUAGGAAUUCCAGAAAAAGAUAAUAAAGAGAAUGGAGCAGAAGAAAUAAUUAACGAAAUCAUUGAAGAAAACUUUCCAGAGCUAAAGGAUUCAAGUCCUGCGGUUGUCAGUGCUUAUCGAAUACCUAGUAAGAUUGAUGAGAAGAGACUCACUCCCAGACACAUCUUGGUGAAAUUUGGGAAUUCUAGUGACAAAGAAAAAAUCCUAAAGGCUUCCAGAAAGAGAGAAAUAACAUACAGAGGAAUGAGAAUCCGAUUGACCGCAGAUUUAUCAUUGGACACUCUAGAUGCUAGAAGUCAGUGGAGCAAUAUAAUACAAAUUCUGCAGGCAAAAGGCUUUACACCUAGAAUCCUAUACCCAGCCAAAUUGGCAUUUGAUUUUGAAGGUAAAAUGAAGACAUUUUUUGAUACUGAAGAGUUCACAAAGUUUGUUUCUUGCACACCCUCUUUGAAAGAAUUACUGGAGGAUAUACUUUAG